AUGUGCGGUAACGAUUGGUCGCAAGCUUGCGGUGCAGAGUCGGAGGAGGCGAUUCUUGCAGUGAAUGUGGCACUCUGCCUGCCGCGGCUGCUGCGUUUCUGCUUGAUGGUGAAGCAAGGUGCUGCUUUGGAUGGCUUUGUUUUUGAGGUACGUGGUGCAUGCUACUGUAGUGAUCUUGGCAGUUUUGCGCUCACCGUGCGGCGAGUUUUGAUGGGCAUCAGCGCGGGUGAUCCUUCUGGUACAGACUGCUUCAAUGCGGGAAUUGAUCGCCGUGGCUGGUACUUUCAGUUUGCCCGAGAACCAUUCUUUGUCACAACAUUUGCGCCGUGCUAUGGCAGUUCGCAUCCGCGGUACCAAUACAACCAGCACAGUGAGUCGUGCUUCAUUCUCUUGCAGCCAGAAGAGUCUUUUCUCCGGCAUGAUCUUCCUCCAGACAAGCCACGAAGUGCAACCAACUGGGAACAGCCUGUGGAUGUGCGUGACCGCAUUAGGGCCAAUUUUCGGCGCCAUGGACGUGAGUACCGGAUUCCUGAGACGACUUCAUACCCGCCUGCAGACUUCAUUGUCGCACCCAUGGAUGCGCUUCAUGACUCUCCCGUGCAGUUCUGGGAGAGAAUAAGAGCCGUCGUUUUAUUGCAGCAGCAUCGAGCGUGGUAG